CCGCGCCUCGGCUACUGCCAGUGGUCGCGCACCUGCUGCCCUCGCCCGGCCCGGGGCGCUGCUGCCAUGCCGCUGGCGCUGCUCUGGGCCCUGGGGCUCCUGGGCGCGGGCAGCCCGCGGCCCUCUCCGCCGCUCCCAAACACAGGUGGCACUGAGGAGCAGCAGACCAGACCAGAAAAGGUCCUGAGUGGGUCCUUAGAGCACCAAGUCCUUCAAGACAACCCUCCAGUUCCCCCAGCAGAGGUGCUUCCGACCAGUUCACCUGAAGCCCUGAGAAUUCAGUUGGAGCUGGAUGGUGAGAAUCAUAUCAUAGAGCUGCUACCAAAUAGGGAUUUGGUCCCAGGCCGCCCAACCCUGGUGCGGUACCAGCCUGAUGGUACUCGGGUUGUCAGUGAGGGGCACACUCUGGAAAAUUGCUGUUAUCAGGGAGGCGUGCAGGGCCAUGCCCGCUCCUGGGUCUCCAUCUGCACCUGCUCCGGGCUCAGGGGGCUGGUGGUCCUGUCUCCAGAGAGAAGCUAUGCCGUGGAUCUGGGGCCGGGGGACCUUCAGGGUUCUCCCAUUAUCUCUCGUAUCCAAGAUAACCUCCUGCCACACCACUCCUGUGCCCUGCGCCGACAUGUCCCUAUGCCCACUCAGGCUUCACCAGAUCUCCCUCUGGGACAGCACCAUCUUCACCGGCGGAAGCGGGACGUGAUAACGGAGAGCAAGAUUGUGGAGCUGGUGAUUGUGGCCGAUCAUUCCGAGGUCAGGAGGUACCCCGACUUCCAACGCCUGCUAAACCGCUCACUAGAAGUGGCCCUCCUCCUAGACACGUUCUUCCGGCCCCUGAAUGUGCGGGUGGUACUAGUAGGCCUGGAGGCCUGGACCCAGCGUGACCUGGUGGAGAUAGUCCAGAACCCAGCUGUCACACUGGAAAACUUCCUCCACUGGCGCAGGGCGAACUUGCUGCCUCGAUUACCGCACGACAGCGCCCAGCUGGUGACUGAUACUUUCUUCUCUGGGCCUACGGUGGGCAUGGCCAUCCAGAACUCCAUCUGUUCUCCGGACUUCUCAGGAGGUGUGAACAUGGACCAUUCGGCAAGCAUCGUGGGGGUUGCCUCUUCCAUAGCCCAUGAGCUGGGCCACAGCCUAGGCCUGGAUCAUGACUCGCCUGGGAGAAGCUGCCCCUGUCCAGGUCCAGCUCCAUCCAAGAGCUGCAUCAUGGAGGCCUCCACAGACUUCCUACCAGGCCUGAACUUCAGCAACUGCAGCCGACAGGCCCUGGAGAAAGCCCUCCUGGACGGGAUGGGCAGCUGUCUCUUUGAACGACUGUCCAACCUACCAGCUAUGUCCUCUUCGUGUGGAAAUAUGUUCGUGGAUCCGCAUGAGCAGUGUGACUGUGGCUUUCCGGAUUCCUGCACUGAUCCCUGCUGUGAUGCCUUCACCUGCCAGCUGAGGCCAGGGGCACAAUGUGCAUCUGAUGGACCCUGUUGUCAAAACUGCCAGCUGCGCCCAGCUGGCUGGCAGUGCCGCCCUCCCAGAGGUGACUGUGACCUGCCCGAGUUCUGCUCAGGAGAUAGUGCCCAGUGCCCUGCUGAUGUCAGCCUGGGGGACGGUGAGCCCUGUGCUGGUGGACAGGCUGUGUGUAUGCACGGGCGCUGCGCCUCUUAUACGCAGCAGUGCCGGUCUCUGUGGGGACCCGAGGCCCAGCCUGCUGCCCCAUUUUGCCUCCAUACAGCCAACACUCGGGGCAAUGCCUUUGGGAACUGUGGACGCAGCCCCAAUGGCAGCUAUAUCCCCUGCACAUCUAGAGAUGCCAUGUGUGGGCAGCUGCAGUGCCAGGGGGGUAGAGCCCAGCCUCUGCUGGGCUUAGCCCAAGGUUUGCGCUGGGAGACCCUGGCAGUCAAUGGGACACAGCUGAACUGCAGCUGGGUGCAUCUGGACCUGGGCAAUGAUGUGGCCCAACCCCUCCUGGCUCUGCCUGGCACUGCCUGUGGCCCUGGCCUGGUGUGCAUAGACCAUCGAUGCCAGCCUGUGGAUCUUCUGGGAGCACAGGAAUGUCGAAGCAGAUGCCACGGGCAUGGGGUCUGCGACAGCAACAGGCGCUGCCACUGUGAGGAGGGCUGGGCGCCCCCUGAUUGCAUCACCCAGCUCCGAGCAACCAGCUCCCUCACCACCGGCCUGCUCCUCAGUCUCCUGCUAUUGUUGGUCCUCCUGUUACUUGGUGCCAGCUACUGGUACCGUGCUCGCCUGCAGCAGCGACUAUGCCAGCUCAAGGGAACCAGCUGCCAGUACAGGGCAGCCCAAUCCGGCCCCAGUGAACGGCCAGGACCUUCACAGAGGCCCCAGAUGAUGCCAAACAUUAAGCAGGCUAGUGCUCUUGGCUUCCCGGCCCCCCCUUCCAGGCCGCUGCCGCCUGACCCCGUGCCUAAGAAACUCCAGGCUGCACUGGCUGACCGACCCAACCCCCCCACCCGCCCUCUGCCCGCUGACCCCGUGGUGAGGCACCCGAAGUCUCAGGGACCUGCUAAGCCCCCCCCACCAAGGAAGCCACUGCCUGCAGAUCCCCAGGGCAGGAGGCCGUCACGUGACCUGCCUGGCUCAGGAGCUGGGAUCAUACCGCUGGUGGUACCCUCCAGACCGGCACCCCCACCCCCAGCACUAUCCUCGCUCUACCUCUGACCUCUCCUGAGGUUUUGCUGUUGCCAGCCAAGAUUUAGGACUUAAAGAAGCAGAAUCCCUGCUGGAGUUCCCCCAAAAUGACUGAAGGAACAGGAUCCUAGUCAUUGAAGUGCCUGCCCAAUGUUAAGGAACCAGGCCCUGCCAGGCACUGUCAAGCAGCAUCCUGGGGACAGGUCAACAUGGACUCAACUCAGUCUUGGGGAAAGGCUGGGGAUGGAUGGGACUGAGAGGCGCAUACAGUCUGCCUCUGCUCUCCUACAAUAAACGUGAGACUUGUGUG